UAGUGCUCUAUACUCAUCUCUGCUAUAGGAGAGGAAGGAAGGUUCUGUGUCAGAAUUAGAAAUGCAUAAAAUAUAAGUAGGUCUGAUGUACGCGGGAUUGUGAAAUUAUUUUAUUGUUGAGAAUGUCGUAUCAGGGCUCACCAUUUUCGGCUCCUUAUGGUCAGGAUGAUUAUGAGAUGGAUGAUGAUAACGACGAAUAUUUGGAAGAGGAUCGGGAAGUUGAUGAUCAGGAUGAGAGCGAUGAAGAUACUGAAGAAGCCAGUGAGACAGAUAUGGGCAAAUCCGAGGAAUACACAGAAAUAAAAGAACAGGUUUACCAGGAUAAGCUUGCCAGUUUAAAGAAACAGUUGCAACAAUUAAAGGAUGGAACACAUCCUGAAUAUAAUCGUAAACUUAAGAGAUUAGAAGUCCAGUACAAAGAAAGGCUCAGGUUAAAUAUAAUAUACAGAGAUUAUCUCACCGAUUGGGUAGAAAGAGACUAUAUUUUAGAGAAAAAAGCUGCAGUAAAGGAAUUUGAAGAAAAAAAGAUAGAUUUAAAAGAGAAUCUCUUGACUGAUAUGGAAGAGAAACGAAAAAUGAUUGAAUCUGACAGACACACUAUGGAAUUAACUGGAGAUUCAAUGGAGGUGAAGCCUGUAAUGACAAGAAAAUUACGACGGCGACCAAACGAUCCUGUUCCUGAAAAAGUAGAAAAGCGACGAAAGCCACCACCAGCACAAGUGAAUUAUUUGUUAGAUGAAAAAGAGAUAGACAGUGACUUGAAAGCUAUAAGUCGUGGCAAAGUUCUCACAACAAUGAGAAAGUCAGCGGUGGUACCGCCAUAUAGUGCGGUUAAUUUACCUACUCAACACAUUCCACCUCCUUUGGAUGUACCAUUGGUUGAAACCCGAAUAGAAGAUGGAAAGCUUUUAUAUGAAAGAAGAUGGUUUCAUCGUGGUCAAUCAGUUUAUGUAGAAGGCAAAGAUCUUCCAAGAUUCGCAGCAAAUAUAUCUGCUAUUGGAACAGAAGCUAUCUGGGUAAAGAAAGUAUCGGACGGGAGCAAAGUACGAAUUUAUACGUCGCAGUUGUGCCGUGGCAAGAUUUCUAUUAAACGACGAGCUUCUUAAUGGCGUCUAUCUUUAUGACUUUGUACGAUACAGAAAGUGAAUCUUCAACGGGUUUUCUAAACGCUUGAAGCAUGACCAAAAAAUAAAACAAGAAAUCAAUAUCUGUAA